AUGGGAGUUGUCGAGCUAUCUGGACUUACCGAGCCGACUCCUCCUCCGCCAACCACCGCGGGCGCUACCGCAGCACCUGUUGCCACCACCACCUCAGAAACGCCGGACCCGGCAAAAAGAGCUGCCAAAGGUCCGUUUGCUGACCGCACCACCAACCCCGGACAAUCAUUUGCAGACACGGUUCGCAUGCAAGGCAAGCGACACCCACCACCGAAACAUCGGGACACCCCUGCGGACGCCAGCCUCCAGCAAGCGCACGCUUACUGCAAAAAUCCGAGCGCGGCUUGGACCACCCAUCGUCGGGCACCCAGUCCACAGGAAGCUGAUAUUUUGGACGCUAUCCUGGAUGGCAGGCUGCCAUUGGACACCCCUCCCAAGUUUCUUAAACAGAUCCUUACUGCCACCGAGAUCGCACUGUUUCACGACCAGAUGCGGCAAAACUUUGGGUAUCUCCAAAUUCCCAUCAAGGUGUCCACCCGUAUCCAUCCCGACAUGACAAGCGUCUCUCUGGCUCGCCUGUUUUCGCCCGCCAACCUGGGGGACAACAAAGAGGCGGUCCAGUUGUGUGACUCCCUGCGUCAGGAUAUGCACUCUUGCUAUCUGCACCCCCACGGGCGGAAGCUGAUAGUGCAAUUCAACUCCAAAGCCAAGGCGGCCAGGUGGCGCGACAAACCGAUUCCUUUCCGCGGCCAGUUAACCUGGAUGCGCCACUACCGGCGGCCGGAAGACCCCUGCACCGACCUGGACACCGAAGAGGUGCAGCAACACAUGGCGUACAGCUUCCGGCUGCUCCAAGUUCCCGCCUACGUCAAGAGCAUGCAG